AUGCGAUGUAGUGUGACGAAUAUGGGAUGCGGUGAGGUGCUAUUUGUGGGCCAGACGUCUUUUGCGCCUGGAACUUGGGUCGGCAUCCACCUUGAUGAGCCGCGUGGAAAGAAUGACGGAUCCGUGCACGGUAAACGGUAUUUCGCAUGUGAGCCACAGUAUGGUGUUUUUGUGCGUCCGACACAGGUGCACCCGGAGGAUACCAAGGCUGUACAGACACCUACGACUCGUGACAAAACGGCAACACCGCGCACAGCAUACCGCUCAGCCGUUGGGACACCGCGAGCUUCUGUACCUGCUGCUGCUGCUGAGACGCCACAAAGUACAAGACGCGCGAUAGGCAGUGGUGUGCCUGAAUCGAGUAGGACCCGACUCAGAAUGCUGCAGCAACGGUCACCGUUCCUGUCGCCAUCUGAGCAUGCCAAGAAGCGUGUCGAGGGGAGCGGCACUGGACAAAAUAAGACCGCUGGUCCUCAGCCUUCGUGGUCUACGCGACAAAAGCGGAAAAUUGAUACCCAGCCCGAUUCGCCUUUGCGGAGCAAGAAUGCUCCGCUGUCUCAUGCUCCCACACUCGCCUCUCCGUCGCCGCCACCACAUCAUGAUACCGCUGCGCGACUGGGCGAAUUAGAAGCUGCAUGUGCAGCGCAUAUGGAGCGCAUAACUUUGUUUGAGCAAGAAUCAAAGAAGCAUGCCCAAUUAUCACAAGAGCUAGAGAAGGCACAGGAACGUGUGCGCGAGCUUGAGAAAGAGCGAGAUGGCAUCCAGGCGCGAUUUGAAGAGCUUAAUGAAAGCAUUGAAAUGGCGACACUAGAUCGCGAAAUGGCCGAGGAACGCAGCGAGUCACUCGAAAAAGAGCUCAUAUUGGCUCGCGGUGCCUAUGAAGAAUUGCGAUUGGAGCGUGAUCUACAAGCUGAAUCGGCUCGCGCGGCACUACCGAGAGAUGCUGCUGCCCUAUAUGAUGAAAAUACACAGCUGAAACAGGCCUUGGAACGACUUCGUGAUGCAGCUCACGAAGCCAACACGCAGCAACGACGCGAGCUGGCUUCGUUGCGAGCUGAACUGGCAACCAAAGAUGAUGUGGUUAGCGAACAUACCAAAGCUCUGGAGCAGCUGGCGCGACUCGAAUUACUUGUAACGGAGCUUCGUGCACAAGCAGAGGUAGCGCAAGGCGCUGAAGACAUGCUAGAAGCGCUCACAGAGCGGCAUUCGGCGUUGGAAGAGUAUGUGGAAAAGUUGACCGCCGAUAUCCGAGAAUUAGAGGCGUUGCAGACACUCAGUGAGGAGUUGGAGGCCACUCAUAUCGAAACUGAAGCACAGCUCCAGCGUGAUCUCGAUUUGCGUGAUGAGCGCAUUGAGUGUAUGCAGCGUGAACAUGCAGUAACACAGGCCCAUCUCGCCUCACAUGCAGCGACCAUUGAGCAGUUCCGUGCACUGGUUUCAGAUCUCACCCAAGAACGCGAUACUCUGCGGGCCAAGUGCCAUGCUCCCCCUGCCCCUGCGCCCCGUGCACCGGCAAUGGAGCAAGUGCGGAAGCUUCCUGCGCUGGCACAAGAUAAGCUGGCAUUAGCCCAUGCAGAGCAGCAACGGCACUUGGACAUUUUGCGAGCGUAUGUCAUCCCAUCGUUCCAGGAUCUGGAUCAAGGCGCUGUCGCGACGUUUUUGCUGUAUGAGCGCAUCGCGGCACAGAGUGAGCUGCUACGUACUGCCAUUUCACAACGGUACGACGUGCAAGAUGCAUGGCAGACGCGAGUGACCGAUGACACCCUCGUGGUCAGGUGUCGCUUACGCCGAGCCUCCGCACAUGUCGGCGCCCUUGCCAAGCACAUUGCAGCUGUGUUAUGCUCGUCGACACCCGACAUAUUUGUUAGCCGCGCAUCGGAUCAUAUCGACAUGGCGCACCUAUCGCACCAGAUGCAGGUUCAUGUGGAUGCACUGGAGCAUGACACACUGGACGAUGUGGCUUGUGAGGCACUAUGCAGAGAAGCUGUGGCACAAUUAGAGGCUGUGUCGCAAGCGCUGCCUCCUUGUGCAUCACUUCAAGAUUUGGCAUCCAAGGAAGUGGGAGGUGCUUUACUUGCAUGGUACGAUAUCGAGACGCUUCAGGCUUGUCUUUCAAUUUUGCAAGAAACCAAAGCUGAAAGUGCAGUGGCAGAAGUGUGUCUGACAUGGUCGGCAGUCGCAUCGCGUGCACGUGUCGCAUGCCGACGCCUGUACCGUCGUCUGUAUGCCCUGCAGCAGCAGCAGCAAACGGUAGACGGAGCGCAUGUGGGGACUUUGCCAGAAGUGGGUCAGAAAGCCUCAGGACUUGUGCCGCGGGUGAUGGCAUGGGCCUAUGCGGUACUGGAGCAGAAAGAUACGUCUGGACUGGAGCCUCUGACAUUGUUGGCGGAUGAGACUCGCUUGCUGGCGGACAUGGCUGACGGCGUACUAGCAGCCGCAUCGAUGGAGGAACAUGUUGUGACAUGGACCAGGGCCGCUCCUUGGAGAGCGCGUGCCCAAAGUCUGUAUGCAGCUUGCCGCUCCACCGAUGAUGCACCGACCGUGGCUAUGACUGAGCGAAUCCGCUCUCUGGAAAAGGCACUGGCGGACCGCGAUGAUGCAGCUCAAGCGGCUGACAUUAAAAUCGAGCGCUUGCGACGUCAGCUGGACAAGUCGCAUGCUCUGGCGGCCGAGUUAUCAGACGCAAAGCAGCAAAUGGACGAGCUCCGUGCUCGACUUGAGGAGCGACCGGCAGAGCCUGCGGCAGUGUCAGUGGCGGCUUCCGUCGACAUCGCGCAGGGCGAAGCACCACAGCGACAUCGUGCUUUGCAAAACGCAUGGGCUGAGCACCGGCGUGUUCUGGCCCGUACAUGGCUAACACAGAUCGCAUCACUUGCGCCUCUUAUGACGCCGCAUAUUCAGGCAGCAGACGAUGCGGCCCUAGGCGCCAUUACACGCCGCGUCAUGGACGUUGUUGCCACGCCGCGUGUCGUGGAGCUGGGCACAUGCAAGCCGCCAGCCGUGCAGCUAGCGUCAUUUCGGCACGAUCGACGCAUGGCUGCCAAAUCACUCAUACCAUAA